AUGCCUCCAAAACAAAGACCCCCCUCCUCACCGGAGGAAGACCCUAAAAACCGUUCUACGCCAUCCAAAUCAAGGCCAAGUGGUCAAUCUUCGACUUCUAAGACCCCUCAAGUACCGCUUUCCUCUCAGUCUGCUGCUCGGCACUCGACGCCUAGCUAUGAAUUACCACUCCGUGGUGCACCCCCACCCAAGCCACUUACUCAACGCCAGCUGCAAGAUUUGCGUGAACACCACGCUAAGCAAGAUCAAGCCGCCAAAGAAAAGAAGGCAAGUGAAGACACGGCAUGGAUGCGCAGGACUGGAGUGGACCCAGCUACUGGCAAAAGAAAGCCAAGGGACAACGACUCUAGUAGCAGUGAUUCUCCCAUCCGUCGUGUGGAGUCUCCAGAGCCAUACCCUGCCCAUUGGACCGCGGAGGAGCGGAUCAAUCAUGAACGACUACUCAAAGAAGGCGUUCGAGCAGUGGUUUCUGAGCCUCAUCGGCUAGACAAGGAAAAAAUCGUCACUCACAAGGACUAUGUGACAGUCGCUUGGGAUACUUGCAAGAACAUCGACAUUCCCUGGCAUCUAUUCAGAAUCAACGAUCCUAAUUCCCCUUCCUAUUCAGGCAAAAUCCAGAAGCGUGUUGGAUACAACACUUCGGGGAAGGAAGUUGAAAUGAUGAUGAACGUCUAUCCAAUCACUGCUUUCCCAGAUAAGGAGGUUUAUCAGUAUGAGAUCAACACUCUGCACGGCACAGUCAACGAGACCGACAGACGGAUCCUCCGCAAAUGUUGGAACAGUGAAACUCGUAAGGAGCGUAUUCCCGAUGGUAUUUGGGAUGGUGGGCGAAUCUGCUGGUCGCUCCAAAAGUUCAACGGGUGGAAUGAAGAGCUCGUCUUCAAGAGUGACUAUGCCCGGGCACUUCCAACUGCAGCAACAGAGGAUGAAUUCAAGAAGAACCCCAAGCUGCGAAUGGUGGUUAUCCCAAAGCGUAGACUUCAGCUUUCGCGGAUCAAGGACUGGCUCCAAGAAAAACAGGAGCUUGAUCAACUCGUGAUCGAGUCUUUGAGUUUCCUUGAUCAUUUGCUCCGUGAAUGGCCCACAAGGGAGUUUGUUGCUAUCAAGCGAGCUUUCUUUUUCGACAAGAUCGAGAAUGAUGAGUCCGCCAAGCAUGAAUUCUAUCGACCUCUGGCCAACAUGGGUGCCUCCGUUUAUCGGGGCAUUUACCAGGCGAUCCGGCCGACUCCAACUGGCUUGGCUCUCAACGUGGAUGUCGCUCACUGCGUUUUCUUCUCUCGCAUUAGCUUGAUGGGAUACAUGAUGAGCGCCAACAACUUUGCCGACAAGCAAACUCUGGUGAGCAGGCUUAUUCCAGAGAAAGAUCAGUUCGGAGGAGCAAAGGAAACCAGAUGGUUCGCUCAGGUCAACAGGAAGAUUCAAGGUCUUCGGGUGGCCCCCAACUAUGCAGGCUGCCCAUUCAAGAUGAAGAGCUUCAUUGUCAAAGGCAUGCUUCUGGCUCGGCCUAGAGAUUACAACAUUCAAUACUUUGACAAAGCUGAAGGAAAAACCACCCCUAUGAACCUUGAGGAAUACUUCAUGAAGCGGUACAACGUUCGCUUGGAAUUUCCCAACAUGCUUCUCGUCCAGAUGACGAAGGAUGAUGUCCUGUACCCAGCCGAGUUCUUGGUCAUCAAGAGUCUCCAGCGAUAUCGUUACAAGCUCAGCGAAAUAGAAUCAGCACAAAUGAUUCAAUGGUGUGCCACUCGGCCCCCCAAGCGCUUGGAAAAUGCCCGCCAGGCCAAAGAAAUGCUGCAGCACAAAAACGAUCCGGUUCUGAAGGCCUACGGCAUGAAGAUCAGUGAGACGAUGCUAAAAACCAAGGCGCGACUGCUUCCUAGCCCAGAAAUUCAGUUCGGUGGCAAUCGAAAGCAUAACCCGGGGCACCUGGGCAGUUGGGAUCUUCGAGGCAAGAAGUUCUACAAGGGUAACGAGAAAGGACUUGCGCGCUGGGGUGUGGGAUUCUACGCCGGACAUCGCAAGUCAAUCAACAUGGAACAGACUCAGCUGUGGGCUGAGCAGUUUAUCAAGAUCUACAAAGCCAUGGGUGGGGAGGUCCUUGAAAGGCCAAUUCUCAAGGCCUUGAACGAAGAUGUCGGAAGCAGCGUGAAGAAGCUUUACGACGAUAUUGGCACGCGCUUCAACGGCGAGCCCCAACUCAUGAUUUUUAUCGUCCCUGACAAGGACUCAUGGGUCUACCACCGCAUCAAGAGAUCCGCCGACUGUCGCUAUGGAACCCCAUCUCAGGUUCUUCAGUCCGCUCACUGCAUCACCAACAAGCCACAGUAUCACGCGAAUGUGCUGAUGAAGGUGAACGCCAAGCUCGGUGGAAUCACUGCUCGCGCUGUGCCCAAGAGCAAGUCAUCUAGCGUGCGCCCAGGCACCAUGAUCAUCGGAGCAGAUGUUACUCACCCAAUGAUGGGAGUGUGGACACCGUCGUUGGCGGCCAUGUCCGUGUCAGCCAACGCCAGCGCCACCCGUUACAUGGGCAACUGUGAGACAAACGGCGACAGGGUGGAGAUUAUCCGCGACAAGGUGGCCGAGUACAUCUUGCACCCCAUGGUUGCUGAAUGGAAAGCCACUGUCGGAGAGGGCAAGGCUCCGCAAUUGGUCUACUACUUCCGCGACGGUGUCUCUGCCUCUGAGUACCACCGAGUCCUCAAGGAAGAGGUUCCGGCCAUCCGCUAUUCUAUUGCCCAUGCAUGCAACGCUCCUGUCUGGAAUGGCAAGAUGUGUGUGGUGGUUGCCAACAAGCGACACAACCUCCGGGCAUUCCCCGAUCCCAAGAAUCGACAGAGCUCGGAUCCCAAUGGCGCCCCUUUGCCAGGUACUUUGAUCGACAGGGAUGUCCUCAGUCCUCAUAAUUGGGACUUCCUCUUGUACAGCCACAUCGCUUUGCAAGGCACUCCUCGUCCAGUGCACUACCAUGUCCUGAUGGAUGAAAUAGGUCUGAAGCCAAAUGACUUGGAGAACAUGAUCAACGAUCAUUGCUACCAGUACAUCCGUUCCACGACAUCGGUGUCGGUUCAUCCGGCAAUUUACUAUGCCCACUUGAUCUCUGUUCGUGCCCGUCACCACGAAGACGUGCCGAUCACCUCUGGUCCUCAAAGCGGCCCAGAAGUCAAGACGACCAACCCCAAGCCUAAGGAGCCUCGGGCCAAGCGACUGCUUCCGAUGGAGGGCACCUCCAACCGACUUGCUCUGGGCAUGUGGUACAUCUAG